AUGUCUGUCAAUAAUUGUUCUCAGCCUGAAAUCACAUCAAGCAGCCAACAAAUAAUCCCUCAACCUCAGAUAAAAUAUAUAGGCAACAACAUAAUCAAAACAAAUUUAAAGAAAAAACGAAAUAAUCAUGUCCCAAAGAAGCUUCAUUUGCAUUCACAAAACCAUGAAAAACCAGUCAAUAGAAUAAAAUGGUGCUGUGAUGAAUUUAGUAACUUGAUACUAUCAGCCAGUUUAGAUAGCACUGUCAAAAUUAGUGAUAUUUUCCAGAAGAGAUGCGUUUACACAAUCAAAAGCCAUGUGGCCGGGGUACGAGAUGCUGCUUGGACAAGUUGUGGCAGAAAAGUUGGCAGUUGUGGGUAUGACAAAAUGCUGAUAUUAACAGAUUUAGAGGCAGGUAAAGAUGUAUAUUCCUACUUACAUAGUGAAUUCCUAACCAGCAUACAAUUUCAACCGGGCAAUGAUAACGUUAUGGUCUUAGGAUCGAAUAAUUCUUUGCUGAGUUUUGAUAGAAGAUUACCUGUUAAGCCUGUUAAGAUAUUCAAGUAUAAAGAUCUUUUAGAUCAAGUGUUAGACAUUUGUUUCCUGAAUGAAGAGGAAUUCGUCAGUUCCUGCAGUUUUGUAUGUCGAGAGUCAGCAGAUCGUUGCCUCAUGGUUUGGGAUCUCUCAACUGCUUCUGUUAUCUCCAAUCAAAUUUUUCAUGAGAAAUACACAUGUCCAAGAAUAUGCAAGCAUCCAUGUAGAAACGAGUUUGUAGCUCAGACGAAUGGUAACUACGUUGCACAGUUUCAAUCAGAGCCUCCCUAUAGAAUGAACAAACAUAAGCAAUUCAAUGGACAUAAGGUACUGGGCUACAACGUGGGUUGUGACAUCAACCCAAACGGAGGCACCCUAAUCAGCGGCAGCACAGACGGCAGGGUGGUCUUCUACAAUUAUGCCAGCACAAAGUUGCUAACUUCACUAACGACGGCGGCCACGACAGAAAAUGACGACGAUAAUAUUGUGCUAGAUGUUGCCUGGCAUCCGGUGCUGAAUGGCAUCUGUGCCAGCUCAACAUGGAAUGGUGGUCUUUAUGUUUGGAAUUAA